AGCUCCGCAGAGCCGCACACAGACAGAGGGAGGAAGCCGCGCUGCGCCGAGAGAAGCCCGCACAGAUCAGCACAGGACCGGGGAGAGGCGGUGGCCCCACAGUGGCCCUCAUCCGUCAGCGCUAUGGCACACACCGCGGCGCUCCGCGUAAACCAGGCCCUCAUGAGGGACUACCUGAGGCCGAAACCCGCGCACCUGGAGCCGCAGACCGGUGUGAGACACUGCGGUAGAGCCUGACGCUGCAUCAGCUGCUCUCCUCCAGCGAGAGGAGGAGGAGGUGGAGGAAGGAGGAGGAAGGAGGAGGAUGAGAAACAUCUAGUGAUGAGAAGUGUUUCUCCAGCAGACAACAAGCAAGGACCGCAGCAUCCUCGUCUCUUCCAGCAGGACCAUGUCUGCCAUGUGUGUGUCGGUGGUGCUCUUAUAUACAGUGGUGAUUGACAUCUCAGCGAGGGCUGUGACCACAACAAGCCCAGCUGACCAGCUCGUGCUCUCUCCCCGCCACUACCAGCAUACCGACCCCAGCUCAGGCACCCAGCUGGUCUGCGACAAGUGCCCGGCAGGCACCUAUGUGUCCUUACACUGCUCCCCCACAGCUGUGAGGGAGUGCAGCCCGUGUCCUGAAGGCGCCUUCACGCGGGGCGAAAAUGGAGUCCAGCAAUGCCAUCGCUGCCGCGCUCCGUGCCCCAAAGGCUUUGUUGAGAAAGCAAGCUGCACGGCCAUCCAGGACCGUACCUGCACUUGUCCACCCAACAGCUUCUUGUCAGUGGAAAGUGGCGCAGAGUGUAAGCCCCACUCACUUUGCCCUUCGGGGACAAGGGUGAAAAAACGAGGUAGCGCAACAGAGGAUGUGGUCUGUAAACCAUGCACCAAGGGGACUUUUUCAGAUAUGCGUUCGAGUUUGGUGAAGUGCCGAACCCACACAGACUGCCAAGCCCAGGGGCUGGUGCUGCUCACCCCAGGGACCAGAGAGACAGAUAAUGUUUGUGGCCCCUCCACUUCAGCCCUAUCCUCCUCUUCGUCUUCAUCGACAAUCACCUCACGUGGGCCUUCACAGGAUGUGCCUGAACGCCAAACUUCAUCAUUUUCUCCAUCAUCCUCACUGAAUGGACCUGCACAUGAAGGCAUCUACAGCCUGUCAGCACCUAUGCCACUGAGGGAAAGCCCGGGAUGGAAAAACCUCCGUACAGAGGGGCUUGGUCGCCCCGGCAAUCCCAUCCCACCAAACAGUGAUCCCUCAAGGACUCUACCGCCCCCAGCUCAAAAGCAACCAAUGAAUAGUGAGCAACCGAGGGGGCAACCCAAUUCUGACCCUGUGCCAGGGCCUAACAAGCAGGCAAUGGACGGUCUGGAGGUUGCAGAGGUAGUCCCAGUUGGGACAGGUAUCAGCAAGGUUGCGGAUCAAGGGAGUGGAGGUGGCGGAGGUGUCUCCAGCUACUACAGACCCACUCGUAGGGGGUCCCCAAGGCCAAGUACUCAAAAUCACUUUGACAUCAAUGAACACCUGCCCUGGAUGAUCGUGCUGCUCCUGCUGCUGGUUUUGGUUGUAAUUGUGGUGUGUAGCGUGAAGCGGAGCUCUCGGGUGCUGAAGAAGGGCCCAGUGCAGGAUCCCAGUAGCAUCAUGGAGAAGGCGAUUCAGAAGAAACCAUCUCAGCCUCCAAUGCAGGUCAAAGAGAAGUGGAUCUACUAUUCCAACGGACAGGGGGUGGAUAUCCUGAAGCUGGUGGCGGCCCACGUGGGUACCCAUUGGAUCGACAUCUAUCAGUCGCUGGCUAACGCCACGGAGCGCGAGGUGGCGGCCUUCUCCAAUGGCUACUCGUCGGAUCACGAGCGGGCCUAUGCAGCGCUGCAGCACUGGACCAUCCGGGACAGCGACGCCAACUUGGCCAAGCUGAUCAAUGCCCUGCACCGACAGCGCCGCAUCGAUGUAGUUGAGAAAAUCCGCUGUGUCAUGGAGGACAACCCACAGUUUGACAUCAACCAGCUGAUGACCUCGGUGAAUGUAAGCCAAAGCCUCAGCCCCAUCCACAAGGCGCUGGAUUCUCCCAGCAGCGUUGGAGGCGGCAGCAACCGCAGCGGCGGCAGCAGCAGCAGUGGUAGCGUGGGUGUGGAGCAGUCGCCGGUGGACCGCACCAAAGGCUUCUUCCCCGACGAAUCGGAGCCGCUGCUGCGCUGUGACUCCACCUCCAGCAAAGACUCCGCCCUCAGCAGAAACGGCUCCUUUAUUACCAAAGAGAAGAAAGACACCGUGCUCCGGCAGGUGCGUCUGGACCCAUGUGACCUUCAGCCCAUCUUUGACGACAUGCUGCACAUCCUGAACCCAGAAGAGCUGCAUGUGAUCGAGGAGAUCCCGGACUCCGAGGACAAGCUGGAUCGCCUUUUUGAGAUUGCGGGAGUCAAGAGUCAGGAGGCCAGCCAGACGCUGCUGGACUCGGUCUACAGCCACCUCCCCGACCUGUUAUAGUGGAGGAAGGGAAGAAGGUAGCACACAGAUGGGAGUCAGAGCAGGAUUAAUGUCCAUGUAGGGGGAUGAGUCAGAUGUUGUGGUGUUCAGAUGAAGCUUGGGUUGAUAUUUGAUCUGACAGAGGCGGCCGUGUCAUUCUAUCACAUGAUGGUAUCGGGGCAGUGUAGAGAAGGUGGCGACUUCCUUUAAUGACUCUUUCAACCAUUAACUGGAACUUUACUCCUACUUACCUUCCAGUGUCCCUCCUCUGUUGUCUUGUGUGCACACAAUAUUAUUCCUCCAAAACACCUCCACUGUGAUACAGGGUCAAUAAUCGAGGUGUGUUGUUUUGGACACUUUUCUUAAGAAUGUCCAGCCUUGUUUAAGGUGGUAUUACAUGAGUAUUCUGACCUUAUCUGCAUUUUAAGAGCCUCUGAAUUAAGGAAAAGUUGGGUUUAAAAGGAGUUCAACAUGUGUUGACUCCAUGGAUAAAACUCUUAAAAAGCACUUUCUGAAUCUUAAUUGGCCAAUGCCUUCAUAUUUAAAGUUUAACAUCACUGUUUUUGUUGGUUGUGCCAAUUAUUCAUUCAGGCGUCUCAUGCUUUCAACACAGAUUUGAAUAAUAUGACAGUCAUAACCACAAUAAGUGACGGAAUAAUCUCACACAGACAAUAGUAAAUAAGCUACAACUCGAAAUGACACUGGUAUUACUCUUUGAUUUCAAAGGGUAUUUGAGGUUCUCAUAAUACACAUUCACAGUUAUUUUUUCGAGGUUUGAACUGACCCAAAAAUCAUGUGCCUGAACUUGUUGCUGUCCCUCACCUCAUCCCUCCAGCUCUGCCUGUACCUGGAACAGAUCCUCUGUGGGGGUUUUAGGCUGCAUCCAUGCCACUGCAUUUCCCUUUGAAAACGCACAAACUCUGAUAUGCCUGGCAUCCUCACUUACUACGCUAAAACUGAGGAAUAUGGAAAUGCUGCUGGUCCAGUUUUGGUUUGAACAUUUGGAGGCAAAUGAAGUAUCGCAUGACCGUCUUUUAGAAUAAAACCAGCGACAUUAGCCUCGGCUACCAGUGUAGAGUGCAACAUGGAUAAUCGGUAAAAGUUCCACCUCAUCAGUCCAUGAAAAGAAAUCCCUUCUCUUACUUUUCGCCAUUGUUCCUUAUUGUUCAUAGCCUAGCUCUUUCUGCCACUAACAACCAAAUGCUUCCUGGUUGCACUGGUAUGCACAUGCCCAGUGAACAAGAGUCGUCACAUCAUACACCCAUUUUCAGGUAUGUUAGUGUGGACGCGGAUUAAAACUGAAACAGCCAGAAUGCUUGUGUGGACACAAAUCGUUUUAGUUUGAAACGACUCUGCUUUACCAACAGGUAGCAGCGUUAAAGAUCAAAGAGCUGACCUAUCUAUCAAAAACAUCAUAUGACACAAAUAACGGAUUCAUUCAGUAUUACAAUACUGGAGUGAUAUUUACGUUAUUUGAUAUUGUGAUAUAUGGCUUUGCCCUGAACUGUGCUUUUGGGGGGAAAAAAAGACAACAAAACUUGCCUGUUUCUAUGGAAACCACAGCCUCCUAGACGUGUCGCUCUGUCACAAUCAUAGAUGAGUAUUCAGUGAAUACAGAUGGUUGAGUGAUUAAAGGAAAAACCAACAUGAAGUGUCUUAGUAAGGUGUUUGUCUCUGGACUCUACUGGAGGGAUUGAUCACCAUUCCUCUGAAUCAAAUUCCAUCAUUGAUGAUGGUGGUGGGAGCGCUGUCUAACAGAGGUGGUUGCCUGUGAUCUGGUUUCUCCACUUAUUCUCCAGGUUUUCCCCUUAAUUCUUCAGCCGUCUGUUCUUCUACCAGUACGCACAUUCACACCUGUGCUCGCCAUCCCUGUUCACCUCAACAAAUGUAGCGCUGAUGAAGUGUUCUUGAUCCAUUUCGCAGCUUCACGUCAGCGUGGUUUUGGAUGCGUGUGUCUGAGUGUCACAGUGCUAUAGCAAGUUGUAAUGUAAUGAUGAUGCACUAACUGUAUUUUUCUAUUGGAGACAUGUAUUUUCUGUGUCCUCCAUUUUCUCUUUCUUUAGUUCUGAAAUGCUGUUAACUAACUUUUCUGUUGUAACCUUUUUUUUUACAUUUACUUUGAUUCAUUAUGUUAUUGUAACACCUCUUUGUUUUUGGCUUGUACAUCAUGUUUUCAUGUUUUCACGUUUUCACGGGCAUUCAGAAGUUUUUCCCCUGCUUGGCAUUGUGAGACGACCUGGCUGGGAUGCAAUGCAUACUCCAUACUCUACUUGAAGUCUACUCGUGGUACUUGAUUUAAACGACGAGGAAGUGACGCAUCCUUCACUUCGGUCCAUGUUCGGCAUUCUUAAAGUAACGGGAAACUGAAAAGCUCCACCAAAAAGAAAAAUAACUCAUCAAGGUUUUUACAGGCGCCACGACGAGAGCAGCGAAUUGAUACGACUGCUUUCACUAAGCCAGUAGCGAUCAAAGCUACCGUGGUGCUCGAAGUGAAUUCUCACCGGAUUAGCCUGACGCAGGGGGAGUCAACCUCACGACUAUUUCAAGUAUUCCAGACUGAAUGCGGAAGAGUGAAGGCUGUGCUGCUGUGGACGAUGAUGACGGUGGCGAUGAAGAUGAGGAUGUGUGAGCUUGCUCUCUCCACUGUGCUGCGGUGCUGCGUGAGCUUAUUGUUUUCUAAGGAGGUCUGAGAGGAUGAGGGUGAUACGAGAGAUGAAGUGGAUGAUUGCAUUCAAAUUUCACGUGUAUAACCAGUAUGUUUACUACUAUGUAACCUCUUAAAAUCAAACUAUUAAAACUCAGAAAA